CAUGGCCUAGAGACAACCAGAAAAUAAAGUGUGGUGGUUAAAAACACUUCACUCAACCAGCUUACACCCCAGCGGAACAGCAGAUGAAUCAGUUUACAAAAGGAAGUGUGGAAUUAUAACGCAUCCAGUUGCAGCUCUCCUUACACGACCUCUCAGCUUACUCCCCUCCUUUUGCAUGAUCUCCCUGGUUAAUAAUCCAUACUUCCUGCACUGAUUUCCCCUCUCUGUGAUCCUUCCCCCUGCUAAUGCCCUCUACCUGUCCCCGGCCCCCGCUCCGAGGGCGGAACCUUUCUUCAGGGCUGCAGGGGCGGGCAGUCCCGUUUGCCGGCGAGACAGGAGAGAUGGCGGCCGUGAGGGUGGCCGCGGCGCGACAGCUGAGGGUUUUACGGAAGCAGUUGACCCAACGUCAUGGCUUUUCCAGUGGAUCCCACAGAUCAAUUUGCACGGCCUUUAAGGCCACUGAUUUGCAGAUUGAACUCACUAAACAGCCCAAGGAGAAACCCAACAGCAAAAACCUGGUGUUUGGCAAGUCGUUCUCAGACCACAUGUUAAUGGUGGAAUGGGAUGCAGUCAAAGGCUGGGGCAAGCCCCACAUUAAACCUCUGCAGAACCUGUCAUUUCACCCAGCAUCUUCCGUUCUGCAUUAUUCUAUAGAGCUGUUUGAAGGUAUGAAGGCUUUCCGUGGCGUGGACAACAAGAUCCGCAUGUUUCGACCGGACUUGAAUAUGGUGCGGAUGCACCGGUCGGCAGUCAGAGCUUGCCUGCCAGAAUUUGACAAGGGGGAGCUGUUGGAAUGUAUUCGGAAACUUAUCGAAGUUGACAGAGAAUGGGUUCCGUAUUCUGAUACAGCAAGUCUCUACAUCCGGCCCACCUUCAUUGGCACAGAGCCUUCGCUUGGCGUGGCUCGAGCCAAUCACGCCUUGCUCUUUGUGAUUGUUGGGCCAGUUGGCCCCUACUUUUCCACUGGAACCUUCAACCCCAUCUCAUUGCUCGCUGACCCCCAGUUUGUGCGCGCUUGGAAAGGAGGUGUAGGCGACUGCAAAUUGGGAGGCAAUUACGGCCCCACAAUUUAUGUUCAGAACGAAGCUUUGAAGCAUGACUGCCAGCAGGUGCUGUGGCUCUAUGGAGACAAGCAUGAGAUCACAGAAGUGGGGACCAUGAACAUCUUCAUCUACUGGAAGAAUGAGCAGGGUGAAAUGGAAUUGCUUACUCCUCCACUCGAUGGGACGAUCCUUCCGGGUGUCACUAGGCAGAGUUUGCUGGAUCUGGCUCGACAAUGGGGUGAGUUUAAAGUUUCGGAGCGAGGGAUGACAAUGAAUGAGCUGGUCAAAGGACUGCAGGAGAAUCGAGUGAAGGAAAUCUUCGGUGCCGGUACAGCCUGCGUUGUGUGUCCAGUCGAUCGAAUCCUUUAUCUGGGCCAGAACUACCACAUUCCCACCAUGGAGAACGGCCCUGAGAUAGCUAAAAGAUUCCUGAAAGAAUUGACGGAUAUUCAGUAUGGUCGGAAAUCCAGCGAGUGGACAAAGCUGGUCAUCUGAACAAUGGAUCCUAUCCACACAGGCCUAAGCUGGAAACAACUCUGUCUGCACUGUGGAUACUUUCUCUCGAGGAAGAAUCUGGGAAACUUUAUUAAUCUUGUGCAGUUGUAGAAUUAGUCCAGAAAGUAGAUUCUGCGGUGCUCUCUUAGGUUCUCUGGUCUGCCUUUAAUUUCUUAUCAAGUAGUUUAUGGGAUGUUCAUUGUCGCAACUUGAAUAAUAAUUGGUAGCAGUGAGUCUCCAAAUGCAGUUGAGACCCAUAGUCCCUGGAGUUGGUUAUUACUUUGACUUGAGAAGCUGAUGAUGUUGGAGGGAGAACAGAAGUGUUUAAUCCUCAGCUCCUGUCACAAAUGGAAACAGAAAAUGCUCGGAAAAGAUGAACUGAUGGCUUUGACCUGUGCUGUUGAACUGACCAGUUAACGUAGUUUUUCUAACAGCUGCUGAGGAUUUUCAGCCUUGUUGAGACAUGAUCUUACUUUUCUGAAAGACAUCAACUGGAACUGUCCGAACCUAAAGGCGGCUGAGCUGAUGGAGCUGCUGUCUCAGAACACCGGAGGUCUGGAUUCAAUCCUGUCUGUGUGGAGUUUGUAUGUUCUCCCUGUGACCACCUGGGUGACCUGGUUUCUCCCCCAACAUCCUAAACACAUUCUGCUCCGUAGGUUAGUUGCCAUAGUGUGUGUGUGAAUAGUAGAAUCUGGAGCGGGGUUCCCAACCUGGGGUCCUCAGGUUGUGGGGGGGGGGGGGGGGGGUCAAAGUUUGGGAACCCCUGAUUUUCAUCCCUGAUCUGGAGGGAAGCUGAUGAAGAUAUGAGAAGAAUAAAAAAAUUAGAUUCCUAUAGGAUUAGUGUAGUUGGGUGAUGAAUGGUCAGCUUGGACCCAGUGAGCCUGAGAACCUGGUUCCAUGUGGUGUGACACUUUACGAAUCUCUUGGCUCUGCUGGGUCAGGGUCCUAAGUGACGUGGGGAUGUAUGUAGGGACUCAGGCACUUUGAUGGUCCAUCAAAGCCUGACUGCACUUCACUGAAGUCCCAUUCCCUCAAAGAUCAUCACUGCCAGAAUGUCAUUGUGACCAUUUUAAAAAUAUAUACAGUAUUCAUUUACGGGAUGUGGAUGUAGCAGCGUUAAUUCCCCUGAAAAAAUGUUGCUCGUUAAGUCAUUUCUAAGUCAGCCGCACUACCACAGGCUGGAGCCCCGCACAGACAUGGCUAAUGGUGACAGAUCCCCUUCCCCAAAGGUCGCUAGGGAACCAGAUCAGUUUCUACAGUAAUCCAUUGGCUAUGUGGUCAUCAACGCAAAGCAUUUAACUUCCUCCUGGUGGGAUUUGAACUGGAGUCUCUGUCAGGUUGGUCCAGAUCUCUGUCUUACCAGUCCAGGUCAAUUGUUCUAAUCAAUGUGUUACCUAUUUUGGCUGUCUGAAUGCACAAGACAAAGGCACGUAUAUUCUGAAUAGUUCAAAAUCGGAACAAAUCAGUGUUUAUACGCACAAUGGAAGUAUUGCUGCAUUAUAUGGUAGUUUUUCUUUUAUAAUUUAUGGGAUUUGUUUUAAUACUUUGCAUUUGCAUAUGUUUGUCACUUGUGGCAAUGCUCAUGGUUUAUUGACACUAUUUUAUUGCGUUUAUUGACGCAAGGAGAUUGCCACUACAUCUCUCACUGAUUCCUGUUGUGAAUUUUUUUCCUCAAGACGGCUUCCAUUGUACCGAAGACCUCAUCCUCCUGCGCACAGCGAACAAGUUUAAAAAGUUGCAGCCUGUAAAAACAACGAUAGCUCUGUUUUUGGGACUGGUGCAGUGACUGCUCCGGGGAGGGGUGGGGGGGGGGGAAGACUGGGGAGCAAAGGAAACGCACACAAGCGGCUGGGAAUCCGUGCAGUCAGUGCUGAAGGAGGCUAACAAGUUACCGAUGGCGUGAAAGGAUACGUGGUCAAUGCAGAGUCUCCUCCCAGUCAGGAACUUGGAGCUACCUGUAACGAAGCCACUUUCAGUACUUUCUCUGUUUGUGUUGUCGUCCAUUGAUUGAGAAGAAUAGGGCUGUCACAGUGCCCCCACUGAUAAGACAGUGCUUCAUAAUGUAAUGCAGUCAACUCCAUCCAGAAGCUUUGUAUCAAAUAAACUCUUUACCCUUCAACCUCAUUCUGUGAUGGUCACUCAUGGACUAUGCAGUGCAGGGAUCUACUUGAUUCAGAAAGUUUGUCUGGAUCAACUUCACUACUUAAUCAUAUGUAUCUGCCUGUCUGACCCAAAUAUUUCAUUAAAUCAAUGUUUAUCUAUA